AUGAGAAUAGAGAAGGAAAUGAAGGCAGGGAGAGAAUGGGUGCGUGGUGGAAUUAUAGGAGCCGGGGCCUUUGGUACUGUCAGUCUUGGCAUAAGCAAGUCCAAUGCCCAUCUCUUUGCAGUCAAGUCCACCACUACUUCUAUUUCGUCUUUGAAUAAUGAAUACAACAUUCUGAAGUCCUUGGAUUCUCCAUAUGUUGUGCAAUGCCUGGGCAAGGAGUACACCAAGGAGAAUGGUGUGGGUGUUUAUAACUUGUUUAUGGAAUACAUGCCAGGAGGCAGUAUUGGGGAUCUAUUGACUAAGUUUGGAGGAAAGUUGGAUGAGUCAGUGAUAAGAUGCUACACCCGAGACAUCCUACUUGGCAUUCAGUACCUGCACAGGCAGGGAAUUGUUCACUGUGACAUCAAGGGAGAAAACAUGCUUGUGGGUUCCAAUGGUGUGAAGCUUGCUGACCUUGCUUCUGCUAAGAGAAUUAGGGAUAAAGAGGAUAACUUGGAGGAGGAGAAGCAUUUGAGGGGUACUCCUCUGUGGAUGGCUCCUGAGGUGGUGAAGCAGGUGGAACAGGGGCCUGCUUCUGAUAUUUGGUCUCUCGGAUGCACUGUGAUUGAGAUGAGCACUGGAAAGCCUCCAUGGGGCAGCAAUCUGCAUCCCCUCACUGCGAUGUAUAGGAUUGGCUUCGGUGAAGAGCUUCCUGAGAUGCCUCAAAAUCUCUCAAUUGAAGGCAAGGAGUUUUUGGAGAAAUGCUUGAGAAGAGAUCCCAGACAGAGGUGGUCUUGUGAGCAGUUGUUGGCUCAUCCUUUUGUCAGUGAGGACUCCCCUGUCCUCAAGGAAAGCCCACUUAGGGAGCCUCAAUCUCUGGUCAGCACGCCUUUGGAUUUGGAAGACUCCGAUUUCUGCUUUUCCAUUGAUUCUUCUGGUACUCCCAUCUGGGCAUUACCUAGGAAUUUGUCAAUCGGUAGGGAGUUGAAUGAAGGGGCAUGUGAUGGAGACGAAAGAAUGGCCUGCCAGAAGAGUCCUUCUCCGAAAGAUCGGAUUCUGAAAUUGGCAGCAGGAGGCGAAUUCAAGGGAGGUGUAGAGAAAGGUAAUAAUUGGUUUGCAGAUCCCCUCCCAGAUCAGUGGAUCGUUGUAAGGUCCCCGAAACAAACUAUCUCCUUCAACUUAGUUGAACCUUUUCAAAUGUUGUUUUCCAAGGAGGUGCCUUCUACGCAGGCCGAAGUAGACUGCAAUACAACUGCAAAAUCUAGUGAUUACUCGGAAGGGGUCAUGAGCUCGGAAUCAGAGACUUAUCAAUUGUUUUGUAGCAGAGAGGUUGACCAAAUUGAGUAUGCUAAUUACUUGCAAUGUCGAGCAUGCUAA